AUGAUACAUGUGAAGGCCCAACUGAAAGAUCUUGAAAAGAAACUAGAUAUCGUGACUGAUGCUGUUUGUAAACUUGUUGAGCAGUUCCAGGUGAGUGCAGGAGAUAAAGAACAAAAAGAAAAACAAGUCUUCAUCAAUCAUCUAGUAUCAACAGUGAUCAGGUCAAAUAAUUGUGUGCUUUGGCUUCAAAUGGUCAGAUAUGAGAAGAAGUUUUAG